AACAAUUUCAGUCACAAUAUUGAUAUUGAAUAAAGAAAGAUCAUACAAAAUGAAACAAAAAAUGAUUUCGUCUCUUUCCAUUUUAUUGGCGUUGUUCGGUUUGUCAGUGGGUGCUGCUGUAAAUCCAAGUAAUAAAGCUGCAGGAUGUGUUAUUAAUGGAGUGCAAGAAGAUGAUUUUCUUAUGGAGUAUGUUAAUUCUCCAAUUAGGGAUGAUUUCAGUGGUGUAGUUGCUAAUUUCUCAACUCAGGGCGUAUCCGGUGUGAAACUUAGCGGCUCAAAGUAUUUUAGUGCCAGUCUGGUUUCGAAUGUUUUACAAAUCGUUACAACAAAUGAAUUCAAGAAUAUAGAACCUGCAAUAGGAUAUGCUCCUAUACCUGCGAUCAAAUUCCAGUUAAAUUUGCAAUGUGCAUCAGGAAAUGCGAAUCUUGUAAGUUUUAGUAUAGGCAAAAAGAGUUAAUUUUCGGAUACAAAG